AUGCGCUGUGGCCCUCUGACAAUCGUCAAGAUGCUCUUUUACACUCUGCAAAUCGCCAAGAUGCUCUACGGCCCUCUGGCGGUCCUUUGGCCCAGCCGCCGGGAUAUGGUGGUCCGGUUGUAUCAGGUUGGUGGUACUUCUCGUAUCGACAAUAUCCACAGAAUGGGGAUCGCCCUGUUUCUCGAGUGCCUGUACAUUCAGGGCUGCAUCCGUGUGCGUCUCUCUCGUCAGCAUGUGUCUCGUGCUCUCAUCUCUCAAAAAGGAGUCUCGUAAAAAUGAGUUCUUCAUCAAAAGCAGGGCUUCACUUGCUGGUGUGUCCUCUCGCGCGCCCUGUAGCGGAGGACCUAUUCGUUUCCCAGCUGCGGUAGGUUGGAAACAGGGAGGGCCUUCACUUGAAUGGAGUUUGUCCCUGUCAGUGCUGCUCUCUGCGUUUGUUCGAGGGAAGGCACCCAACCCUUCGGUCGCUUCCGGCAAUCGAUCCAUCUGUGUCCACGUACGCCGCAGAAGAAACAUCUGCCCAGGAUCUUCUCUGUCCACUUGUCCAUUCUCCUGUGUGGCACUUGUGUCAAAGUUCCUGCUCUCUUAG